CGGAUUGCACUUUACAAUCUCCUCUUGUUUCCAGGCUCCGCACAGGCAGAGCGCUUACCUCCCCAAACUCUCGCAGGAGCCAGACGCACCAGAGAAGCGCGACGGGGCUGCAGCCAGAGAAGAGUGCCUGUGGACUUUACCCAAACCAGAAACUCAACACAUUUUACGCGCGUCGAUCAGCAGAGCUCAGCUUUUUUUUUCUACAUUUGUUUCUUGUUAUUCCUCUGUAUUUCUUCAUGAAGUGAGUGUUGACUCGCCUGUCUGAGCCGCGCUGAGUUGCAUUGCAUUAUAACAAGAACAUGAGGUCUGCUUCCGAAUCGUUCUGGAGGAUGAUCCGGCUGGCUGUGACAGUGGCGCUCAUGUCAGCGUGCAGAGGGGCAGAGUACGAGUACCUCAGCUGGAAGUCAGACAUGUACACCGGCGGGCGCAGCUACGGUAAGCCUCCCCAGUGCGUGGCCAUCCCGGAGGACCUGCGGUUGUGUGCCAACGUGGGCUACGACCAGAUGCUGCUGCCCAACCUGCUGGAGCACGAGACCAUGGCGGAGGUGAAGCAGCAGGCCAGCAGCUGGGUGCCCCUGGUGCACAAGAACUGCCACCCGGGCACUCAGGUCUUCCUCUGCUCGCUCUUUUCGCCAGUGUGCCUGGAGCGGCCCAUCUACCCGUGCCGCUGGCUGUGCGAGGCCGUGCGGGACGGUUGCAUCCCCAUCAUGGAGGCUUUUGGCUUCCCCUGGCCGGAGAUGCUCACCUGCGACAAGUUUCCCCAAGACGAUGUGUGCAUUGCAAUGACGCAGCCCAAUGCGACUGAAGCCACCAAGCCCACAGGUUACUCUCCCAUCUGCCCUCCAUGUGACAAUGAAAUGAAAACAGACGGCAUGCUUGAGCACAUGUGUGCCAGCGAGUUCGCUUUCAAGGCCAAGAUCAAGGAGGUAAAGCGAGAAAACAUGGACCGCAAGGUGAUCCUGCAGAAGAGGAAGAAGAUGUUGAUACAGGGGAACCUGAAGAAGAAGGACAUAAAGACGCUGGUGAUGUACUUGAAGAACGGUGCAGACUGCCCCUGCCAGCAGCUGGACAACCUGGCAAACCAGUAUCUAAUCAUGGGCCGGAAGGUGGAUAAGCAGUACCUCCUCACAGGCAUCCACAAGUGGGACAAGACCAGCAAAGAGUUCAAAAAGGCCAUCAAGAAACUCAAGACCUACAAAUGUCCCGCCUUCGAGAACGUCUUCAAAUAAUAUGACCCCCCCGCCCUCUUCCUUUGGUCGCAUUUCAUCCUACAUAUGAACUUGCACAAGCAUCAAAAAUCCCAAACUUUGCUUUCUAUUGUCCUGUUUAUGUAUCUAUAUAUCUUUGUAUAUUUACAGAUAUACUUUGAAAUGUCCAUCGUUAAGUUUGAGUUGAUUGUGGUGAGUGAUGACGCCACAAAAGAGGAUCGGGUUUCCUUUAUUUCCUUUAUACGAAAAGGACAUUGUAGUAAAAGCCCUUCCUCACAGAAAUCAUUUCCACUAUUUCUUUGUAGAUACAUUUACUUUGUUACCCUCUUUCAUUCAACAGGUCUAGGGAUUUUGCUCAAAGGUAUGGAAGGACAUUUUGGGAAAUACAGUUUUGCUUUAUUACUGAGAACUCAAUGGGAAGAGUGAAAACACUCUCAUGUCUGUACAGUAAAUAUGAAGCUAGAACCAGCAGAUGGUUAUCUUAGCCUAGCAUAGAGACUAGAAGCAGGGGUAAACAGCUAGCCUGGCUUUUUCCAACACUAGAAACCUAUAAAUUGAUUGUCCACUCAGACCACAAAUGGACUACAAGUGGAAACCAGAAUGCUUCCGUAACCUAAAAUCUUGUCCCAUUUUCUACAGAUUAUGCAUUCACAUGUAGAUAUCUGUGUGUAGAGAUUACAUUGAAUGGAAUGGCCACCUUGGCCACAUGACCACACCUACCCCAAAUUCCCCUUUCCCGUAUUUUCACCUAUUUUCAUCUGGUCACCCGCAUGCUAAUGUAAACUAACCAUCUGCUGCUCUAGCUUCGCAUUCAGUGUGCAAAUAUAAGAGUUGUAUUGGUCUUCUCAUCUAACUCAGUAAAAAUGUUCAGCUAUCCUUAAUUAAUCUCUCUCACUGUGAUCAUAAAGUAAUUAAUCAUAAAACCAGUGAUUAGACUACAGUAUUGGCAGUUGCAGGUAUUUGGAGCUUUAAAAGCUACACUGUACAGAGCAGCUCAAUGCAGGGUUCCUGUUGAAUAAGUUACUGACAGAAGUAUGAAUGAGUGCUGCCGUCAGCUGAUUGAUUUGUCAAACUAAAAACUGCACUACCAAUCAUUUUGAUCAUUUUCUUCUAAUUUCCUCUUUUUGUUUUUACAUUUCUUUUCGUUACUUGAAAAAUCUAAAAGAAUUAUAACCACCAAUCUGCAUCAUGAGAUACCAUGUAGGCCUAUGUGGCAGAUUUCCUCAUUUCUUGUUGUGCAUUGUCACCUGACAUUUGGCCAAAUGAUGUUUUUUUUUUACCACUUUUCUGUCUCUCUACAUCCAGUCUAACUGCAGUAAUCAGUAUUCAUCGGUAAUGGAAAACGCCUUGUAGUUAUACAUGUUUCAAAGUGCAAAAGUUAUGAAAGUGCAAAUAUUGCAAACUCUGUGUUCUGGUUUGUUUUGCUCAAGUGUUGCUGGUCAGUUUUAGCACUAUUUUGUUACAGAUUUGAAUGUCAGCAGUGCAUUGCUGCCUAUUACAUGUACAUACAAAUUUUACAUAAAUAUGGAAAACUGAAUGGGUGUCUUAUAUUAUUUAGUUUUCUUUCUUGGAUUUGCAAAGACAUGGCAGUGUUGGUUGAUUGAUCAGUCACUUUGGUUUAGGGAAAUAACUCAUCAAAACAGAGUGGAUUGUAAGGUGACCCUUAGGGUCAAAACACAUAAUAUUUCACAAAACACAUCAUUUCAGAAAACAUAAUGACAUUUUAUUUCAGAACACAACCAGUUUUUAGAAAACACAUUUCACAAAACACAUUUCACUAAGACACAAUAUUUCAGAAAACGCAAUGACAUUUCACCAAACACAUUUCAAAUAACAAAAUAACAUUUCACAACAACAUUCCACAAAACGUGACAUUUCAGAAAACAUUUUAGAAAAUAUAUUUCACAAAUCACUAUGUUUCACAAAACACUACAACAUGUCACAAAUGUGGAAUUUUGUAGUGUUUGUGAAAUGUAGUACUCUGUGAAAGGUGUUUUGUUAAAUGUUUUGUUUUCUGAAAUGUGGUUGUGUUUUAUGAAAUAUGUUCUGAAAAGUCCUGUUUUGUUAAAUAUUGUUUUCUGAAAUGUGGUUGAGUUUUCAGGAAUUUUUACUAUGUUUUGAUCCUCAGGGCCACUGUAGAAUUGCGUGGUACAAACGUGGCUCCUAGAUGGUGAAUCCUAAUGACGUUGGUGAUGCCUUUAAUUCUAUAAGCAUCAGGCCAAUUAUUGUUCAACACUUGGGUUUAUUACACAAUACUAAAAACAGCUAAUGAUAUUCAGCCUCAGCUGUAGUUUAUGUUUAGUGUUAAUUAGUAAGUUUGAUUAGCUCAAAGCAAUGCUGUUCUCAUAUGUACAGCCUCACAGAGCUGCUAGUGCAAGUCUGGAUUACCAAACAGGCAAAUAACUGCCCCAGUGCCCCAGAACAUCAGGGUUCCUAAAGCGCCAAGGUAGUGGAGCAAUUACUUUGCAGUGAUUUGAUUUAUUAAAAUUUGUUAACUACAAUGCCCCAUUACAGAGCAAUAAAGCUUGGUGUCAACAUAAGAACUCUAUCUAGCUAUGGUAGUUACUUGUAAACAUUGGCAUUUUAAAACUGUCUCGUAAAGAUUGUCCAUCUUUUCUUUCUGUAAACCAUAAUUUCAGGCUUUGCGUGUGAUGUGUGUCUUGCUGUUAAAACAAAGUACAGUAUGAACUGCCAAAACAGCCAGUUUCUGCUUUGACAAUCAAGUCAAACAGCUGUGCCAAACUAACAUUUUCACGCUUUUUGGAAAGAUAAAGCAUGGCGCUGCCAGUUCUUCACACCGAAGGCUCUCUCGUGCGAGCAUGUUUUUACCCUGCCCCCCCCCCAGCUCUCUGACAAUGCUUCUCCUGAUUCAGGUUUAUUGUGGUUUCACAGGCUGUUGGUGCUUCGGUAUGUGGUGUGUAAAUGCUAAUACUGAGAUAUAUCUCAUGCUGACAGUGAACUCCAAUGCUUUCUUAACCUAAAGGCAGCAUUAAUUAACUGUCAAACUUAAAAGAUUUGUCUUUUCAUAGUUUGUGCUGAUGGAUAUGGUUUCAUGCUGAACAAGCAUGACUUUCCCAUGCCAAUUUAUUUGAUUUAUGUACAGUAACAUGCAAAUGUGCACAGAAUUCAAAUAACUGACAGAGGCAGUCUGUGUUUUCCCUGCACAAGAAACACAGAUUUAAGUAACUCGAUGAUGAAUGUUUUAAUGUAAAUACUUUUAUGAGCUGAAAUCCAUCAUGUCAGUGCAACAAGCGUAAACAACAAAACAUGAAACCGUUCUGUCAAUAAAAAGGCUUGUUAAAAACCAGGAAGUAUCAAA